CAGCUUGUUGUACAGGUGGAGAGAGGAGCGGGUAGCAAGCGAUACCACGCCAGCCCUUCGGAAAUGGAGGCACCGAGUACUCCCACGCGGGGGAAUGGUGUGGUACAGACGAAGUCGAAGGCGGGAGGGCCCAGAACGCCGAGCGCAAACCGUCUCGCGGUAGCCGAGAGGGGAGUCGGCGCAAGGGUAGAGCGCGGGGAAACAGCUCCUGUUGACCCUCACUUCCAGCAGAGCGCUAGGGCGUGGCGGUCAGGCGGUGACCGGAAGAUCAUGUUCGACAACAGAGGCGGCCACGCCCUCACCCCCGAGGCGCAGCGCCCUCCGGCGCUGGUGGCGAUUAUGCACGUUUGCGCGUGGCUGCUGAUAGCGGCGGGGAUGUUUCAGAUCGUCAUGUCCAAGUGUGCCGACUUCAGAUAUCCCCUCCACUGGGUAGGCGUCUUGAUGGUCCUCCUGGGACUGGUGACGGCGCUGGUGAGGGUGUACACGAACCGCUGCGGGACGAACCCGAAGUGGUCGGCAGGGAUCGCCGUAGCGACCGUGGCGGCGUGUCUCUCGUCGUGGCUCCUGGCGGAUGGUCCCCUCUACAAGGAGGUCAAGACCGCCGAGGUUUGCACCGAUGAAAACGUACGGGAACUGUGCGGAUACGAAGACGUGGACGAAAAUCUGUUGCCAGAGGACAUCCCAGAUCUCAACGUCUGCGUCUGCCGAGUGGCGUCAGGGGCCUGGGACUUGUGCGUGGACUUUACCUCUAACUGCGAGAACAUCACCUCGGACAGAAGGUUCCUGCUCAUGUCGCUCAUCAGCCUGUGGGUCGGCCUGGGCCUGGCGUUCAUCGUGGCGGUAGUGUCGAUGAGGGUGGUGGCCACGACCUACGACGCGGCGGCAAUCGCCAAGGCGGAGGAGAAGAAGCUCAUGAAGGCCAAGUUCGCCAAGGACUCGGCGACGGCAGCACCGCCUUUCGGGGGUCCCGUGUGAUUUUUUUUCUUGGCGCGAUGACACAUUGUGUCGACCGUCUCGUGAGGGAGGGCGGUGUGUGGUCUGCUGUGUACGGCUACUGGCAUGGUCGAAACCGUCAUAUUCGACGCCACCGUUCGAGGCAUUACCUUGUCUUGCGGGUGCGCACUCCAUGGUUGCUACAUUGCUGAAUAAUCGGCAGUGCUUCAUGAAAUCGCCCCGUAUAUGUAUCUGAUUCCUAAUUUUUGUGCAGACGUGGAAGAGUGUACGAAGUCCGCUAAUACCAACUCACUCUAAAAGCUGAAGUAAAGCAGUUGUAGCGCCAUCGCUGAGUUUCGACGGCAAUUCCAUUU